GGCUGUGGCUGUGGCGGCGGCGGCGGCGGCGGCGGCGGCGGCGGAGGGGGGCGGGGGGAGGCGGCGGCGGCGGAAAAUGGCGGCGGCCGCGGCGGCGGCGCUGCGGGCCUGGUUCUGGAACGAGCGGUUUUGGCUGCCCCACAACGUGACGUGGGCGGACCUGGCCGGGGAAGCGGGUCCACCGGGCAGCGGGCUGCAGUACCCGCGAGCCGGCCACGUCCUGUCCGCCUUCCCGUUGGCGCUCGGUAUCUUCGCCGUGCGGUUGCUGUUCGAGAGAUUUAUUGCCAAGCCCUGUGCCAUAAACCUUGGCAUUCAAGACAGUGGACCUCACAGAGCUCAGCCUAAUGCAAUUUUAGAGAAAGUGUUUACAUCCAUCACUAAGUCUCCAGAUGGAAAAAGGUUAGAAGGCUUGUCAAAGCAGCUAGACUGGGAUGUUCGAAAGAUCCAGCGCUGGUUUCGUCAUCGGAGGAACCAGGACAAACCCACCACCCUCACUAAAUUUUGUGAGAGCAUGUGGAGAUUUACAUUUUAUUUAAGUAUAUUUUUUUAUGGAGUCAGGUUUCUCUGGACGGCACCCUGGUUCUGGGACACACGACAGUGCUGGUACAACUAUCCUUUUCAGGACUUCCUGAUCAUGUUCGUCCAUCACUUGGCUACAAUUGGACUCAUUACAUUCUCUUACAUGAAUAAUAUGGUGCGGGUUGGAACGCUGGUGCUGUGUCUCCAUGAUGCAUCCGAUUUCCUCUUAGAGGCUGCAAAGCUAGCCAAUUAUGCCAAGUACCAGCGUCUGUGUGAUGCCUUCUUCAUGCUCUUUGGUGUCGUAUUCAUUGUUACACGGUUGGGCAUUUAUCCUUUUUGGAUUUUGAACACAACCCUCUUUGAAAGCUGGGAGUUGAUUGGCCCCUAUCCUUCAUGGUGGCUCUUCAAUGGCCUUUUGGUAACCUUGCAGGUCUUGCAUAUCAUCUGGUCCUAUCUCAUCAUUCGCACCGCCUACAAGGCCCUCAUGCGGGGCAAGGUAUCAAAAGAUGACCGCAGUGAUGUAGAGAGCAGCUCUGAAGAGGAGGAUGUGACUUCCAACAGCACAAAAGGAGUUUUCAGCACUUCGAGCAAUGGUUCCAACCGUGUUAACGGCCAUGUGGCGAGUGGCCAGUGGACAGAAGAGGAGUAAGGCUGUGGGUCGGCCUUGAGCAAACACGAACUUGUCUUUAAAUAUCUAGAUGUGUUGAGCUCCACAUUCCCAAGUGAUCUUUAAUCAAGAUACCCCUUCCCCAGAAAACCUCCAGCAAAUCUGAAAUGGGCACAAUCCAGACCAGGCAAAGGCUUUGCACGACAGAAGGGAGAAAGCCGAUUACUAGGGCAAAACCAAAGCCACAGAUUCCAUUUUAAGCCAUGUUGUACCCCAUCUUAGUCCCAUUGGUAUUUGCAGAGGUGUGUUUGUAUGUGACAAACUGGUUUUUACUAGGAUCAACUCAAGGCGGAAACGAGUUUGGAUGAGGCUGGCUGCUGCCCCCAGGAGGGGCCGGGUGCCAUCUCGGUGACUGUUCCCUGCGGCUCCUCGAUGCACUCCAGAAGCUGCUCAGAGCACGGCGUGAGGGGUGGGUUUCUGGUCCACCUCUGAGCUACCCGGGCUGUAGCAAAGACUUUUCUCAGCCCUACUGCAAGCGCUCUGGAUUACAGCCACGCUUUGAAUUGGAUUGUGCUACAACAAAACCGUUGUUGUGACUCGGUGGUGGGGUGCUGUAGGCUGAGGAGGAGGUUUUUGCUUGUUAUCUCUGCUGUCACGAGGGACCAGGCCAGCAUUUGCUGCCUCUUUUGGUGCUGCAAGCCCCUCUGAAGUCCUACCUACAGCCUUCCAAAAAGGGGGAGGGGGUUUGCUUACUGCCCCUAAGUCAACUCUCACAAUACAUGCCUUAAUUUUUCAUUUUUUUUUCUGUUUCAAGACAUGGUUUUGAAGACUUUUCUAGAUGUACUGGCUCGAGUCAGCUAAGCUAGGACCUGAGGGUGGCCCAGGGCUGGGGGGCUGCUCGUAGCUUUCCCCAAACUCUUUCCAGUCCUGCUUGCCUGUACUUCUAGCCAGAAGUGAAUGUUGCUGCUCUGAUUUUUUGCAAUUCUGUGGAGGAAAUCACUGGGCCGGCGAGGUGGCCAGGCCGUGGGCUUCGCUUCUUCUUUUUUACUUGAUGGUACUUGGGGGCAGCGGGCAGCCCUGCGCGCCGAGCAGGAGCAGAAUGUGGGAAACUCCUUGAGUUGUUACCGUUUUAUACCAUUGUUUACUCUUAUCUCCGAUUAAAAAAAAAGAAAAAAA